AGUGUUUCCGAGAAUUACAGACUGGGAAAAUGACCGUUUGUUGCACACAUUGGAAGAGCACUGAGGGCUAUAUUUCAUUUCUGCACGUAAUGGACUCCAAAAUAGUAUGGUAUAUUCGAAGGAUCACUGGAUGUCAAGGGGUCCUAUCAAUUUGGGUGGUGAUACAAGUGGCCUUAUGGGCGGUUCUGGGACAUAUCCUAUGGUCCAUCAUAUACAAUGUCUACAUCAACCCACUUAGGAAAGUACCUGGGCCAUUCUUAUGGUCCAUAUCGCCCAUCCCCCUCCUUUUAAUGUCAUGGUCUAGCACACCGCACAAACGAGUUCUCGCACUGCAUCAAAAGUACGGCGGCGUCGUCCGCACCAGCCCAAACUCUGUGUCAUGUCUCCACGCAACAGCAUGGAAAGAAGUCUACGGGCAUCGCAAGCCCGGCCAGCCAGAGAACCUCAAGCACCCAGGCUUCGUAACUGAAGUUGCUUCAGGAAUUAUCGGGGCUGAUACAGAGUCUCAUACGCACCAACGCCAUUUACUAGCUUCAGCAUUCUCGGCGCAAGGCAUGCAGCGCCAGGAGCCUCUUAUUCGGCAUCACGUCGAUCACCUCUUUAGCUGCUUCGAAGAGCACUGCGCCAAGGGACGAUCCUUUGAUAUAGCUGAGUGGUUCAACUUCUUCUCAUUCGACGUCAUUGGUGAUCUCAGCUUUGGCGAGUCCUUUGGGAACAUGGAACGAAGGGGCUUUCAUCCUUGGAUCGCGACGAUCUUAGAAUUUUUCGUUGCGCAGCAUGACAUGGCGCAUUUCCGGCGGGCAUAUCCGUUUUUGGAGGCAAUGAUAGGGCCGCUUGUCAAGGCGUUUGCUGCGAGAAUUAUUGCGAAGCAUAACAUGUUUAUGAGGACUCAGGUAGCGAAGCGUUUGGCACUCGAGCCGAGUCGAGCGGAUUUUAUUGAGGCUAUGAAAGCUGAACAUGCUGCGGGGAAAGAGGGCCUUUCUUUUGAAGCAAUCUGCCAUAAUGCGAGCAUCUUCGUCGUAGCGGGGUCCGAAACAACCGCAGUCGCACUUGCCGGCGCAACUUACCUACUUUGCAUCCACCCUAGUGUACUCGCCAAGCUAAGAGAAGAGAUUGACUCAUACUUCAAUAGUGAAGAACAGAUCACACUCCUCAGCGCACAGCGUCUCAAAUAUCUCACAGCUGUAGUAGACGAGACCCUGCGUAUCUAUCCGGCCGCUGUAGGCUCUGUACCACGACUGAUUCAACGACAUGGUGAGGUUAUUGGCGGGUAUUUUCUUCCUGGAGGGACAAAUGUAGAUAUCUGGCACUGGGCAAUGUAUCAUAACCCAACCAACUUCACCGAGCCCGAAGUCUUCGCUCCCGAGCGUUGGCUUAAGGACCCUCGCUUCAAAGACGAUAAUAAAGCAGCAUUUCAGCCUUUUUCAACCGGAAAACGCAGCUGUAUCGGUCAGAAUCUAGCACAUUCGGAGAUCAAGCAGAUAAUGGCCCGAUUACUAUGGAAGUACAAUGUCGAGCUUGUGGAUCACGAAUGGUUUGAGAAACCAUGGCAUGAUCAGCGCGUCCGUGCUACUUAUGUGCAUCCUCCUUUGAAUGUUAGACUUACUCUCAGACCAGAGAAGUUGAAGUCAGGCUGAUAUACAUAUAUCUGAAGAAUUCAGGUAGAAACUAUGCGGUAACUCGAUCAUUACAAACUAUUUACAAUAGUUAUAUCUUGUAUCAAUGCAUUUGGGAUAUUCAUAGCUCCUAGCAGCUCUCUGC